AAUCUAGCCAAUUCCGAAACCCUACAUAAACCCUGAAGCUUUUUCUUUCUUCUACAACUUUCCCCCAAAAAUAUGACCUUUCUUCUCCUUCAAGCUCCAAUCUUUAAUCAAUAAAAUUCAAACCCCAUUACACCUAUACAUACACAUAUACACAUAUAUAUCUCUUGUACCCUAAUUAUACUAUCCUUAUCACUUACACCCAACAAUGGCAAACACUUCAAGUUCACGACUUUUUAACUUCAAUCCAUUCUCUUCUGCACCUUCACCUUCCCCAUCACCGUCUCCGGCGCCGGCCGACGAUGCUCCGCCGCAGAAUGACACACCGGCGGCGCCACGUGUCCGUAAUGAUAACCCAAGAACCACUUCGGCUGGAUUUGAUCCUGAAGCAUUGGAAAGAGGUGCUAAAGCUGUUAAAGAAAUUGCCAACUCUAAAGAACCCAAAAAGAUAUUUGAGUUGAUGAAGAAACAGGAAGAGACUAGGCAGGCGGAAUUAGCAUCGAAAGGCGCCGAGUUUAAAGCAAUGCAAGCUCAAGCUGAAACUGAGAGGCAAAAAGUGAUUUAUGAAGAACAGAAAAAGCUUGCGCAGCAACAAGCACAAAUAAAAUCACAAAUGGCUCGUUAUGAGGAUGAACUAGCAAGAAAGAGAAUGCAGACAGAAAAUGAGCAUCACAGAACAAGAAAUCAAGAACUUGUAAAGAUGCAAGAAGAAUCCUCAAUUAGACAAGAACAACACAGACGAGCAACAGAAGAGCAAAUUCAAGCGCAGCGCAGACAAACAGAAAGGGAGAAAGCUGAGAUUGAGAGAGAAACAAUUAGGGUUAAGGCUAUUGCUGAAGCAGAAGGAAGAGCCCAUGAAGCUAAGUUGGCUGAAGACGUCAAUAAGCGGAUGUUGGUAGAACGUGCAAAUGCAGAGAGAGAAAAAUGGGUUUCUGCAAUCAACACUACUUUUGAACACAUUGGAGGUGGACUGCGUGCAAUAUUAACUGAUCAAAACAAGAUGGUUGUAGCUGUCGGUGGCGUUACUGCUCUUGCUGCAGGGGUUUACACAACUAGAGAAGGCGCUAGGGUGGUUUGGAGCUAUGUAGACAGAAUAUUGGGACAACCAUCACUAAUCAGGGAAUCUUCUAGAGGAAAAUAUCCAUGGUCAGGCUUUUUUUCUCGUGGAUUAAGCACCCUAUCAAGUGGUGGUAAAAAGGGGUUAAAUUCUCAAAAUGGAAAUGGAUUUGGUGAUGUCAUUCUUAAUCCAAAUCUUCAGAAGAGAAUUACACAGUUGGCUAGUGCAACUGCCAAUACAAAAGCUCAUCAGGCACCAUUCAGAAAUAUGCUUUUCUAUGGCCCUCCAGGAACUGGGAAAACAAUGGCAGCUAGAGAACUUGCACGGAAAUCAGGACUUGAUUACGCAUUGAUGACCGGUGGUGAUGUCGCACCUCUGGGUUCACAGGCUGUUACAAAAAUACAUCAACUAUUUGAUUGGUCCAAGAAAUCCAAGAGGGGCUUAUUACUCUUCAUUGACGAAGCAGAUGCAUUUUUGUGCGAGCGAAACAAAACUUAUAUGAGUGAAGCUCAAAGGAGUGCCCUAAAUGCCCUCCUGUUUCGCACUGGUGACCAAUCAAAAGACAUAGUCCUAGCUCUAGCUACCAAUCGUCCCGGUGAUCUUGACUCGGCUGUUGCUGACCGUAUUGAUGAAGUUCUUGAAUUCCCUUUACCUGGAGAAGAAGAAAGAUUCAAACUUUUGAAACUAUACUUGGACAAAUAUAUUGCUAAAGCUGGUGCAAGAAAAUCCGGGUUAUUUUCGAACUUUUUCCAGAAACAACAACAGCAGAUAGAAAUAAAGGGUUUGACUGAUGAUAUACUCAAGGAUGCUGCUACAAAAACAGAUGGAUUUUCAGGAAGAGAAGUUGCAAAACUGAUGGCAAGUGUACAAGCGGCUGUUUAUGGAAGUGAAAACUGUGUACUGGAUCCAACUUUGUUCCGGGAAGUGAUUGAUUAUAAAGUUGCAGAGCAUCAACAGAGGAGAAAGCUGGCUGGUACUGAGGAUGGUGGUAAUUAGUUAUUAUUUGUUACUUAGGGUGGCGUUUUGGGGCACGCAGGUGAGGUAUCUGCUUUUGUGUCAUCUGGUGGUCUACCCAUUUUCUGUCAAAUUGGGAUGAAAUGGUAACCUGUUAACAUUCAUUUCCUUGGAAGAAAUUUCUGCAUCUGAUAAAGAGUUCUAUUUAUAUACAAACAGUAAGUGUUAUUAUUCGGCUAGCAGUCUUUGUAUCUCUUGAAGGAUGGAUUUUAUACUGAAGAAGUUUAGCUUGAAUCUUUGGUUUGUAGGCAGGAUUCAUUGCAAUAAGACCGGCAGUUUCUUUUUUCAUCUGCUUUCUUAGCCAUGGCUUGUUUGCUUCUAUAAUGGCCAGCGGUUCCAUGAUAAUCAAAUUAACUGAUAAAUACUUCGAUCUUUGUUGCAUUUUCCCCCCUUUUUUGAUGUAUGAGAUAAUAGUGAAUGAUGUAACCCAUUAAAAAGUUACCUUGAUUAUCAAAGGAAUAUAAUAUAAACUUGCCUUCCAA